ACAUGACUUCUUUUUUUGGCAGAUUAGAAUACCUAGAAUGGCAGGAGAACAGAAGCCGUCAUGCAAUCUCCUUGAGCAGUUUAUUUUACUAGCCAAAGGUACCAGUGGCUCAGCCCUGACUACUCUGAUAAGCCAAGUGCUAGAGGCUCCUGGUGUCUAUGUCUUUGGAGAGCUGCUGGAAUUACCAAAUGUACAAGAGCUUGCUGAAGGACCUAAUGCUGCUUAUUUCCAGUUGCUGAAUCUUUUUGCCUAUGGAACAUACCCAGAUUACGUAGGGAGCAACCACUUGCAUAGGACUUCAGAGCCAGCCCAUCUGAACGGUGAUACAUUUUGGUGUGAAGCGAACAAAGAUAACUUGCCUGAGCUAACAGGGGCCCAGAAGAACAAGCUGAAGCACUUGACUAUUGUAAGCUUGGCUGCCAGGAUGAAGUGCAUUCCUUACUCGGUGUUGCUGAAAGACCUGGACAUGAGGAAUUUGAGGGAGUUGGAAGACCUGAUCAUUGAAGCUGUCUAUACAGACAUCAUCCAGGGGAAGCUGGAUCAGCGCAACCAGGUGCUGGAGGUGGAUUUUUGCAUUGGCAGAGAUAUUCAGAAGAAGGACAUCAGUAACAUUAUGAAAACACUCCAAGAAUGGUGUGAUGGGUGUGAGGCCGUUCUCUUAGGAAUCGAACAGCAGGUGCUUAGAGCGAACCAGUACAAAGAAAACCACCACCGGACGCAGCAGCAGGUGGAGACAGAGGUGCCUAUCUCCAGCAGUAGCUGAAACGGAUGCUAGAGGGACAGCAUUGAACUCGAUAUCACUAGAAUGAUCUAUCCGCUAUUCAGCAUCCACCGUUAUCGGUUCAGAGACACCAGAGAAAACAUCUCCAACCGUUCUGUUCAGUAGCCAUUGAUAGAACUAUCACCCAUGAAUUUAUCCACUCGCUUUAUUUAUCCACCUGUUGGUGCUCAUUAGGUUACUCUCGGUGUCUAGUCUGAGGGACCAGCCACCCUCAGUUGCCUCCAAACCAAGUCCACCAUGGGGCAUUGGCAGUUACAGUUCCAGGCAGGACAUCUGCCCCUCAGUCGUGCUGUCGGAUAAAACUCAAGAGCAAUUAGUGUGUUCACACGUGAGCUUUGUAUCUGAUGAGCUCCUCCUGGGCCUCUGCAGGCGUUUCCAGUCUCUGCUCACAGAAGGGGCUUCCCCUCUUGCAGACGGUGGAAAAGGCAAGUGCUGAUUCUGUCUCUUCUC